GGGCAAAUGUGACGAGUUGUCCUAUUCAAAUUUUUAACCAUGUUCAUAUAUAUUUAUAUGAAGCCAAAUAAGACCCGGUUCCAAUGUUACUUCCUGUGUCAGCUAGAGCUCUCUCUCUUCCUUCACCAUAAACGGAGGAGAUUUCAAUUCCCUGCUCUUGUUUUGUCUUCCUCUUCACUGACCCUGAUUUUUUUGUUCGCCAAAAAACAAGCCAAGCCCCACUUUUUGAUUAGUUACCAAAGGAAAAUCAAAGGAAACUGACAAUCUUGUUUGUGUUUGUGAGUGUGUGUGCGUAUAUAAUCGUCAGCUCUCUUGGUUCGAAUUAUGUCGAAUAUUACAGGUGAUGAUGGGAGCUUCUCUUCAGGGAACACAGGAGAGGAAGUCCAGCAGAGGUCACAGCUGCAAUCGGCUGCUUCAAACAGCAAUGACUCUUCUUCCUCUCAACAGCCACUUCAAGCAGUUAAGAAGAAGAGGAAUUUACCAGGAACACCAGAUCCGGCUGCUGAAGUUAUUGCUCUAUCGCCGACAACGCUCAUGGCCACGAAUCGGUUUGUGUGUGAGAUAUGCAACAAAGGGUUCCAGAGGGACCAGAACCUGCAGCUGCACCGGCGAGGUCACAAUCUUCCGUGGAAGUUGAAGCAAAGGACGACGACCGAGGUGAAGAAACGAGUCUACAUAUGCCCCGAGCCGAGUUGCGUGCACCACAGUCCGGCUCGUGCACUAGGGGACCUUACCGGGAUCAAGAAGCAUUUUAGCCGUAAGCACGGGGAGAAGAAGUGGAAAUGCGACAAGUGCUCGAAGAAAUACGCGGUUCAAUCCGAUUGGAAAGCUCAUCAGAAGACCUGUGGUACUAAGGAAUACAAAUGUGACUGUGGUACCAUCUUCUCCAGGAGAGACAGCUUUAUCACACACAGAGCUUUCUGUGAUGCAUUAGCUGAAGAGAACAACAAGGUAAACCAUGGAGCACUCAUGAACAAUAUCGGAUCAUCGAACCAACUGCCAGAGCUGACGCCAUCGAGCAACGCGAAUGCAUAUAUGGGUAUAUCUGAUUUCAACAACUUCGACUCGAAGAACAUGCUCAAAUCCCUUCCUCAAGAGCUAGUGCCGAUGCCGUUUAAGUCCAUGAACAUGGGAGGAGGCAUGUUUUCGAGCAGCUCGGGCAGUUUAUUCUGCGGUCCGAGAAGCAUUUCCUCGUCGCCCUCGAGCUUACAACUUAGUUCGAACAGCUCAUCGAGCUUCAAUUAUUUACAGGACAGCAUAAGUGGUUGCCAAGUUUCAGGGUCACCCUACAUGUCUGCAACAGCUCUGCUGCAGAAAGCAGCUCAAAUGGGUGCAACCGCAAGUAAUAGUAUAAACUCACCCAUGAUGCAAAAAAGCUUUGUUAGUAGCAUGGCGGGCACCGUGGACCAAUCGAUUCGACCACCGUCGUUUAACGGGAUUCAGCAACAGAACACAUCAUCAUACGAUCAUUUCUCGUCGCAUGCCGAUCAUCAUUCAACGAUGGUUGGGAUCAGUCAAUCCCCCAACGAAAUGGCACAGCUUUUCAAUGUCACCACAGGAGCAAUGACUGAUAUGGGAAUGUUCACCACCCCCACCACCAUGUUCAUCAAUGGAGCCGAACGAAACCAAGGCUUGAUGAACAGUAUGGAACAUGGAGAUAACAGUGACAGGUCCGGGCUAGUACAAGGGAGAUCUCAGGCAAUGGAAAGGAACUCGACGGUGCUGCUGUCGAUGUUCGGAGUGAGCGGCGGAGGAAGUAACAUGACGACACUCGAUUUCAUGGGGAUCGGAGGGGCAAGGCCAACCAAUUUGCAUGAAGAACACCUUCAGCAACAUAGAUUACCGAUGAUAAACCCUUUCCAACAACAGGAUUCAGCCAUGGAAAAGCCCAUCUGGGAUGUCUGAGCCUCAGCCUACAGCUUUUGGCUUGAAGAUGACAAAGCUUAUAUUCAAAGGGUCCACUUCCCAAUUAUCUUAUCAUCAAAUUACCAGCUGGUCUCCAUCUUCUUCA